AGACAUCGAUAGCUAGUAUGGUUCAUUUCGUUAUAGUUUGGCACAUACGCUUUCAUAUACAAGUUAUACAACAUACAUAUAAUGUGUCUAUGAAAGAAAACUGCAUUGCGAUUUGCGAUAUUGAAAUGAAAUGUUAAAACUAAAAGAGAAAACACAAUUACAGAAACAUUUGCUUUUGUGUAAAGGAUGAAUAUCAUGUUCCGAACAGAACUAUGGUCUAUUUGUAGAAUCAAUGAAUCAGGGAAAGAAUAUUUAUUUCGACAAAUCAGUCAUAAGAAAGAUGAAAACACAUAAUUGUAUCUUAAACAUAUUUUAAUAUUUUUGUCACGAGUGAUCAACGAAUUGUUAAGAGGAAAAAAAAUUUUUCGGAAAAAGUGCACAAAGAUUAAGUCGACAACAUCUUUGAUGGAACAAACUUCUUAUUGCAUUUUACCGAUAGUAUAACACGAAAAUUGAUCAAAAUGAAUAAUUGUUCACUCGUUUACGAAGUUAAACCGAUGAAAGUGAUUUUCAUUUCAAACGGUUUAUAUUUUAUAAUCGCGGAUAUCGUGAAAUAAAAAGUGAUAUACUUGUCUACUAUGUCUAUUCAAAGCAUAUAGAAUUAUAGUGUCUCAUAGAAUGAUAUAUUGAUAUAUCGAUGUUAUACAUAUAUAUAUAUGUAUUGAUACAUUAAUAACAAACAAUAUUUACCGUUAUGCUUCUUGUACAUUAUGUUCACUAUAUUUGAUACAACAAAGUAAAACGAGUGACAAUAGAAAGUGUAUGCUUUGAAAAAUUUCAAUUUCUGUAGGAUAAAAUAUAAAUAAUGUAGAUAUUAACGAGUUCUUUUCCAAUAUACUUAGAGUUAUAUCUCACAAAAGGUUGAAUACAAUUUUGUAAUUAACUGCAAUGAGUGAGAUGAACUCAACAAGUGUUACAAAUUCUAUAACAUCCGGAAUACUACCUGACAGCAUUAAAAAUUAUACUACCACCAUGGCGAUUAAUACAUCCAGUGAAAUAUCUGAAGCAUAUAUGAAUUCUACAGAAGAAAAUGGAUUGUGGAAUGUUUCUAAACCUAUAACAUCAUUGCCUAAUAAUACACUAAUUUCAUUUGAAGCUUCAAGUACCAGUACAUAUGUAUCUACAACAACAGAAAUUUUUGACGAAUUUGGCCCACCUGAUGGAAUAGAAUACAUUUUUGUACCACUUGGUGUAGUGGUCUUUGUUAUUGUAUUAUCAGCUGUGGUAUGGGUGAUAAUUAUCUCAAGGAAAAGAAAAUUGGAACGUUUAAGACAUAGACUUAUGCCAAUGUAUAAUUUUGAUCCUGGUGAAGAAGAGGAAGAUGACUGGGAAACUGAAUUAUUAGAAGAAUGUUACAAUAAUCAUCAAAGACGUCAAGGGUAUCAAUCUAUGGAUACAGAAGAAAAUGCAGAACUCUUUGGAAAUCAUUGACGAAAUAUUUAUAAUAGUCUUUUAAAACCUUUGUAUUAUCUACAACUGUCUUACAUUUAAAAAAUCACACUAUUUAGUAGAUUUAUAUAUUUAUUUAAUAUUUAAAUAGUUUAUAUGUAACUUUCAAUUCAAAGGAUAAAAUUUAAAUUCAUAAAUUUUAUAUAUGAGAAGAGAUAUUCUAGAAUAUAUUUAAAUAUUAGAGAGUUUAUCCUAUCACAAAAAUUACGUAAAAAUACAAUAGAAUUUAUUUUGUUUCAAUAAGAUAAUAUCCAUAAAAUGAAUAAUGCUUAAUUUAAAAAUUCCAUGAUAGAGAAUUAACGAGACCAAAAUGGCUAAGACUUCAUUUUAUCAUUAAUAUUUAUUGUAUACUGUUUAUAACAGUUUUUCAUAAAAGUACAAUUUUUGCUAUGUACUUGAAUUUCACUUAUGUAUAUUUUUUUUCAUAUCCUUUCCUUCGAAGAUAUGAAUUUUUUUCUAUUUAUAUUUAAUAUAAGAAUUUUCUAGUAUUAGAGAAUAAAAAAAUUAGGUACUUAAUGUUCAACAAAAAGUUACAAGUAUACUUCCAAUAUUACCAAAAAUUUCUUCCUAAGUAGUUAUGAAUAGAUAUUAUCUGAUGUUGUUAAAUUUCUUUUCUCUAAGUAUUUAUUACAUAGUAUUAAAAAAUUAAACAGUUUCAAACAUAAUUUUUAAGAUGACCAAUUGAGAAUGCAUGAAGAUGUAUUGUUAACAUUGUAAUAUAGUAACAAAAUUUUAACAGUACAAUAAUUUUAGCUAGAAUAUAAAGUAUAUUGUUAAUAUUGUUAAUGAAAGGUAUAUGUGUAUAAUGUAGCGAUUAAUAAGAGUCAUUUUAUAAGUUUA